GAUCGUUAUGAGCAGGACGAUGAAGUACUCGGGGAUGAUGAUUUUGAAGAUGAGGAGGAAGAGGGGGACAACUGCGAUAGUUACUAUAGUGAUGCUGCUGAAGAUGGAGACGAAAAUUCCCUUGAAGUUGAGACGCCUGCAGCAGUCAGUGACGACUCAAAUGUGGGUCUUGUCUAUCGAGAGUCAGGCGAUGGUCAAGAGGCUUGCGACCACAUGCCACCACGUGCGACUGUUAUCGUCGCCAAGAGAGAGGCAACAGGAAUUCCGGACGAAGACGAAGAGGAGGCUGACGAGCUAGGCCGAAAACUAGAUGCUGAUGAGGACGUGAAGAAUCCUGCCUAUGUUCCACGUACUGGCAGAUAUUACAUGCAUGACCAGCGUUUUGAUGCUGAAGAUGAUGAGAACGGUGAUGGGGAGGGAGAAAUAAAAGAAGAUGGCGACACUGCUCAAGAAGAUACUUCAAGCAAGCAGAAUAAAAGAAGGGAGCGGCGCACUGGGCCUGCAGCUGAGCGAUGGUCACAUGAUCUGUUCAACGAACGCGCGCAGGCUCCAAGAUCACUUCAAGAACUGAUUCGUCGCUAUGGGAAAAACAUCCUGCCACCGGAAUUGUUGACUUCUCCUUCGGGACCUAACCGUGAAAGUUCUAGUGUUACCAGACGAUCGACAAGAGCUCAUGUUGUUCGAGGGGGCCGGCGUGGACAUACCUCAUUGUUCCCACACGAUUCAAAAAUGCGACGGCUGAACACUGGAAAUUUAUCUAAACGUGGCGAAGAAAUGCAGAGAAAGGUAGAUAUAGAAGAAACUGAACAAAAUGAUACGGUCCCAUGCAUUGAUAAUACUAAUGCUGAGGAUGUUCGUGUUUCUUCACCUUCUCCUAAUGUGGAUUCGUGUUCAUUAAAUCCUAUUAUUGCAGAUUCUGUCACUUCCUGUGAAGAUAGCAGUUCUCUUGUCCCUACCGCUGACUCCUCUAUUCCUCAGAUUUCUCCAUCCAUCUCUAAGGUUGCCUUGAAAUCAGAAAAUCAGGUUGGGUCAUGUCUGGCUAAGCAUCGAACUUCCAGGCGACGACCAAUUGAUGAGAAGAUCCUUCCUCCAUCUCGGCACAGUGGCUUCUAUACUCGGCAGCGUUUCUCGGGCCGGCCUAGGGCCGUGUUGGAUUCAGACUCACAGCAAAGACAAUCUCGCCCGUGUAUUGUGGAUGCUAGACAAAUCCUUUCUGUAAGAAUUUUCGCUUAUUUUACUCCCCUUCUAUCACAUUAUCUAUGCUUUUCAAGAAAGAUCCUUCAUUUGCUUAAAAAAACAAUAAAUAGCUAG